UCAGGCCCAGUUGGCCCCACUCUUAACAGGCCCGAUAAUAUACCAGGCCCAAGGAUUGGAUCAGGGGUCACAUUCCAAGAUGGCUGUACCUGAGGAAUGCAGUGGAUACCCCCCUGAAACACUUUACUCUUUCGUUUUUUAUUAAUCAAAUUGCCUUAUUUUGUUAAUACUUAAAAAGUAUUUAUUUAUAUUUAAAUUAUUAUUUAAAUUGUGAUUAGUUAAAAAAAGUUAUUAUUUUUCACAUAUGUAGGCAUAAAAAAAUUGUAAAAGACGCUAAGGUGUGAAAAUCAAGUGAGUAUUUGUAAAGUAGAUGAUAGUAAUGCUUAUGCAAGACAAUGCUACCGGCUCGUUUUAAAAAAUGUCUCAUCGGGAUAUCUCUGAGGUGGAACCCGAAGGUACGUCGGCCUUGGCCGCUGGAUCCCGUACAUUAUUUCUAGAAACAGUUCGUAAAAGUAAUGCUGCUUGUCAAAACGGAGAUUACGCAUUAGCUGCUAAAUUAUAUACUGAAGCUUUAGCAUUAGAUCCUCUUAGUCAUGUUUUAUAUUCAAAUAGAUCAGCAGCACGUCUUAAAAUGGGCCUGUUUGCACUGGCCCUACAAGAUGCUGUGCAAGCUACAGAAUUACUUCCCCAAUGGCCAAAAGCAUAUUAUCGUCAAGGAGUAGCUUUACAAUGUCUAGGACGUCACGGAGAAGCAUUAGUGGCUUUUGCCACAGGCUUAGCACGAGAUUCAUCCAAUACUCAAUUAUUAUCUGGCCUUGUAGAAGCUUCUCUCAAGUCACCACUUCGUGCAACUCUAGAGCCAACAUUUCAACAAUUAAGAGCUAUGAAACUUGAUGAAUCUCCAUUCGUUGUAAUUUCGGUUGUUGGUCAAGAAUUACUUGGAGCUGGACAAUAUAAAGCAGCAGCUGGAGUACUUGAAGCAGCAUUAGCUAUUGGUACAUGCAGUUUAAAACUUAGAGGAUCAGUAUUUUCAGCUUUAUCAAGUGCUUAUUGGGCUCUGAAUUCACUAGAUAAAGCUAUCAGUUAUAUGCAACAAGAUUUAGGUGUUGCUCGAUCAUUAGGUGACACACAAGGAGAAUGUCGAGCUCAUGGCAAUUUAGGCUCUGCUUAUUUCAGCAAAGGAACAUAUAAAGAAGCCCUCACAGCUCAUCGAUAUCAACUUGUUUUAGCUAUGAAAUGUAAAGAUGCACAAGCUGCAGCAUCCGCUUUGACUAGUUUAGGACACGUUUACACAGCAAUUGGUGAUUUACCGAAUGCUUUAGCAUCGCAUAAACAAUGUGUGCAACUUGUUAAACAAAUGGGUGAUCGUCUGCAAGAGGCUAGAGAAAUUGGCAAUGUCGGAGCCGUUUAUCUUGCAAUGGGAGAAUUCGAAAGUGCUGUUGAUUGUCAUACGCAACAUUUACGAAUAGCUAGAAGGCUUGGUGAUAAAGUAGAAGAAGCAAGAGCUUUUAGUAAUCUCGGUUCUUCUCAUCAUUAUCGACGUAAUUUUAGUCAAGCUAUGACUUAUCAUGAAAACGUGUUGAAAAUUGCACAAGAACUUGGAGAUAAAGCUAUCGAAACUCGAGCGUAUGCCGGUCUGGGUCAUGCAGCUCGAUGUGCUGGUGAUCUUGCGCAAGCUAAACUCUGGCAUCAACGUCAACUUGAUGUUGCAUUGACAACUAAAGAUAAAGUAGCUGAAGGACGAGCGUGUUCUAAUCUUGGUAUUGUUUAUCAACUUCUUGGAGAACAUGAUGCUGCUUUAAAAUUACAUCAAGCUCAUUUGGGUAUUGCUCGAGCACUUGGAGAUAAAGCUGGUAUGGGAAGAGCUUUUGGAAAUAUUGGUAAUGCGUAUAAUGCACUUGGCUAUUAUGAACAAGCUAUUAAGUAUCACAAACAAGAAUUAACUAUUAGUAAAGAAGUUAAUGAUAGGAGUUCAGAGGCUAGUACUCAUGGUAAUUUAGCUGUAGCUUAUCAAGCUGUACAAGGACACGAAGCAGCACUAAGACAUUAUAGAGCUCAUUUAACUAUUGCCAGAGAACUUAAGGAUACUGCUGGUGAAGCGUGUGCUCUUUUAAAUUUAGCUAAUUGUUUAUCAUCUCGGGGACGUUUUGAAGAAGCAGUACCUUUUUAUGAAAAUUAUUUAAUGCUUUCACAAGAACUUCAUGAUGUUGAAGGUGAAGCUAAAGCUUGUCAUUUUUUAGGAUAUGCUCAUUAUUGUCUGGGUAAUCAUCGUGAAGCUGUGAGAUAUUAUGAUCAAGAUUUAGCACUAGCAAAAGAUUUGCAGGACAAAUCGGGUAUGGGACGUGCUUAUUGUAAUCUUGGUCUUGCACAUCUUGCUCUUGGAAAUUUAGACACUGCACUAGAGUGUCAGAAAUAUUAUUUAGCUAUUGCACAUAUGAUGAAACAUUUAUCCGGUAAAUUUCGUGCCUUAGGCAAUAUUGGUGAUUGCUUAUUAAAACUUGGCGAAACAGAUGAAGCUAUAAAAAUGCAUCAACGUCAGUUAAAUUUAGCUAGACAAUCAUCUGAUCGAUGUUUAGAAGCAACAGCUUACGGAGCUUUAGGUGUUGCUCAUCGAUUUACAAAAAAUUUUGAUAAAGCUUUAGGAUUUCAUACACAAGAACUUACUUUACGCCAAGAAGCUGGAGAUCUUAGAGGUGAAUGUCGAGCUCAUGGAAACCUUGGAGCAGUUCAUAUGGCUUUAGGUCAAUAUACGCAUGCUGUCAAGUGUUAUCAGGAACAAUUAGAUAGGGCUAGAGAGUUAGUUGAUUCUGGAAUUGAAGCUCAAGCAUUAGGAAAUUUGGGAAUAGCUCGAUUAAAUAUGGCACACUAUGAAGAUGCAAUAGGAUAUUUUGAACAACAAUUAGCAACUUUAGAGCCACUUACGACUGGAACAGCUCUAUUAGAUAAAGCAAGAGCUUUAGGAAAUCUAGGAGAUUGUUACGAAGCUUUGGGAGAUCCAGAAGAAGCUAUAAAAUGUCAUGAGCAACAGUUAACUGCAGCAAUACGUAUAAGAAGUAUUUCUGAUCAAGAAAAAGCAUACAGAGGACUUGGUAGAGCUCGCGAAGCAUCAGGAAACUUACAAGAAGCUCUGGUAUGUUUUGAAAAACGUCUAGUUGCUGCACAUGAAGUUGAUAGUUCAGAAGCGAAAGGUGCUGCUUACGGUGAUUUAGGUAGAGUUCAUGCAGCUUUAGGGAAUCAUGAACAAGCAUUGAGCUGUUUAUCACAUCAAUUAUCGUUGUCUAGAAGUUUGAAUGAUAAAACAGCUGAAGCUGAAGCUGCAAGUGGUUUAGGUGCUGUCCAUCUAUUAAUGGAUGAUCCAGAUUCUGCAUUAAAAUAUCAUCAAUUAGAAUUAUCUUUAGCUCAAGACUUAGAUGCUGCUGGACUCCAAGCACGAGCCUAUGGUAAUCUUGGUGCUACACAAGAAGCACUUGGUCAAUACGAAGAAGCAAUAAGACUCCAAGAACAAUCAUUAAGUUUGGCAGCAGCUGCUGGAGAUCAAGCAGCAAGAGCUACAGCAUUUUCUAGCCUUGGAAGACUUCAUCACUUACGUGGUGACUUGUCACGUGCCCUGAGUUAUUUGCAAUCUGGAUUAUUGCUAUUAGAAGGGCUAGGAAGACGGGAAGAAGUUGCUAGACUUCGUCAUAGAUUAGGACUUGUUCAUUGGCAAGCAGGCGAUGCAACAGCAGCUGUUGAACAGUUGGAAAAAGUAGCAAGUUUGCUAGAAUCAUUGGAAGGAUCUUCUAGUAUUUUGACAUGUCAGAUGAAGAAAUCUAAUUUGUUAGCAGAAACUUAUGGUAUUUUACAAAAAAUAUUAGUUGGUUUAAAUCGAGCUGAAGAAGCUCUUAAUUGGGCAGAAAGAUCGAGAAGAUCGAAAAAUCAUGAUCUUGAAGAUAUCACACAUUACUCAGAUAUUGUUGAUCGACAGAAGGGAAUUGUUUUAUAUUAUAGUGAAGUUGACAAUGAACUUCACAUAUGGUGUCUGGCUCCAAGUCGAGGGCUUUUAAGAUUUCAUUCCACAACUUUAAUAGACGGAACAAGUCUUGAACAACAGGCUAUUCAAGCUAGAGAAGCACUUUUAGGAGAAUCAUCAGACCACAUUGAUGAUAAUACCAAAAUACCGACUCGUGGACAUCACCUUAAUGCCAGCUCUUAUAGUUUAAGUAGUCUCUUUAGUGUCGGUUCAGCAAGUUCUCGAACUGGAAGUGUACGUUGGGGCCGUGGUUCUAAAGGACCAACUUGGCAAGCACCUGCUUCAAUACAAUCACUUUAUGAUAUUCUUUUAGCACCUUUUGAAGAUUUAUUCCCACCAGCAAGAAAAGAACUUAUUCUUGUUGUUGAAAAAUCUCUUUAUCUUGCACCUCUUCCCGCCCUUCAAGCUGCGCCUGGUGAAGAUUAUCUGUGUGAAAGAUUUUCAUUGUUAGUUGUGCCGUCCCUCGCUGCAUUAAAGAAGAGAUCACGAACACCAAUGCCUGAGAAUGGAGCUACCGUGGCUGCACUUGUGAUUGGGAAUCCGUCGAUUCCUGAAGAAUUACGAGAAGAACAUGGUUGGCCAGAAAGUGCUUCCUCGGCUGAAUCUGAAGCAGCAAUUGUUGCAGAAUUAUUAGAAUCAAGACCAUUGACAGGUGCGGAAGCAACAAGAUCAACUGUAUUAAGAUCAUUACCGGAUGCUGAGUGUAUCCACUUAACUAUUCCAGUCUUAUGGAACACUGGUAACUUGGUAUUUUCUCCAGACCAAAAUGAAGAAACGUCAGAACAGAAUGAAUUUUUAUUAUCCUGUUCUGAUAUUCUAAGGCAACGGUUAACUGCUCGUUUAGUUGUUUUAUCAUGUGGCCACUGUUGGAAUAGUGAUGAAAGUACAAUUAAAAUAAGUUCAGAUGCAAUCGAAGUUGUAGCAAAAUCAUUUCUAAAUUCAGGAGCACAAUGUGUUCUGGUUGCAAUGUGGCCUGUUCCUUCAACAGCAGGAAGCAUUCUAUUGCGUGCAUUUUACAGCGCAAUGCUUCAAGGUGCUUGUGCAUCACGAGCUUUAGCAGAAGCUAUGCAAACUGUUCAGCAUACAAGACACUUUGCUCAUCCAGCUAAUUGGGCUGGUUGGCUUUUACUUGGCGGAGAUACGAGAUUAUCUAAUAAAGUUGCAUUAAUGGGUCAAGCUCUUGCUGAAUUACUCCGUAACGGACCAGAAAUUAGCCGUGAUGCUCUCAGAGUAACCCUACAUUUAGUUGAAAAAUCACUUCAACGUAUUCAUCGAGGUCAAAAGAAUGCUAUGUACACAACUCAACGAAGUAUUGAAAAUAAAGUUGGUUCAACUACUGGAUGGAAAGAAUUAUUGAUGUCUGUAGGCUUUAGAUUUGAACCAGCGGGUAAUGGUAUUCCUUCAUCAGUAUUUUUCCCACAAAGUGAUCCAGAAGAAAGAUUAACAAGAUGUAGUGCUAGUUUACAAGCACUUUUAGGAUUGGGACCGGCUUCUUUACAUGCUCUUGUUAGACUUUUACAAGCACCAGAAGCUGUUGAUGAUGUAAUUACCGCUAUGAAAAAAGCUAGUUCUAUCACAGAAGGUCAAGAAGUAACAUUACCAGUAAAAAUUUGGCGAGCAUCAGGAUCUCAUGAAUUAUUCGCAAGUUUGGGAUUCGAUUUAAUGGAAGUUGGUCAAUCUGAAGUAACCCUUAGAAGUGGAAAACAAGCUUCUCGACGUGCAGUUCAAUUUGCUCUUCAAGCUUUACUUGCAUUAUUUGAUACGCAAGAAGCGCCGAAAAGCUUAAGUUUAGAUUCUGGAAGUUCUAUGGAAAGUCUUGUUUCUGUAACGCAACCGGAGAAAACCAAAAUUUUAGAAAGAUCUAGAAUGGGUGGAGCGUUCGCUAAUUAUGUCAGACAUCGUGGUGAGCCUGAUGGAAAAACUACAGAAACGCCAAAUGUAUCUAUAUCUCGUCAAACUUAUCCUAAUGAAAGAGGUGAAUCAGAUGUAGCUUUCACACCAAGUCCACCAGUAGCACUUAAUUUAAACCAUCAAACUCGCAUAAGAAAUUUGUAUCAUGAACAAACAACAGUACGUCCAGAGUCAAGCUCCAGUAGCUCAAUUACCGAUUGGGAAAACGGUCAUAAUACCAUUUUAAGACGUCAACCAGUAUCAACUUUAUCACCAGCAGUUCUUGAUAGACUUAGUGUUCGAACAGAAAUUACUUCAAGCACAUCCAGAAAAUUACGCUUGCCAACUAAUAAUGAAGAACUUAAUCAUCAAGCUGAAUCAUCACAAACAAACGGAAGUAUUUCACAUAAUAUGAGAAAUUUAGCUACUUCUUUAACUAGCUUAACGCGAGAAUUGACACCAACUAUGUCUGAAGUUUAUCACGAAAGAAAUCUUGGUUUAGGAUUAGCACCAUCUUUAUCAAAGCUUCUUGAAGAAGUAGAAAAUGUCACGGAAAGUGAACAACGUCAGUUAUCCAGAUCAGAACAAAGCCAAACACAAAAUUGGCUUCAAAAUGAACCUGAACUAUGUCGAAGAGAUGAAGCUGAUGGUAGAUCCAUUGCUGAAUCUCAGUGCAGUGCAACUAGCUUAAAUAAAACACACAAAAAAGUUCUCCCUCCAACUGUAUAAAGUUUACACUAAAACUCUCCAAUAAUUUCAUUCCGAAUAUACUCAACUUGAAGGGUACAAAUGCAAAACAAGAGUUGUUAGAAGAAUAAAUUAAUUACUUUGUCAUUAUAACUAUCAAUAUCUGGUAUUGACAUUUCUUCUACACCAGAAUUUAAAUUUUAUAAUCUCUAUAAAUUUUAAUUGAUAUAAAAAUGAAAAAUCACUAUCAAUUUGUAAUAUAGGAUCCAUUUUAAACUUUUAAAUGACAUUUUUUAUUUUGCUCUUGUACUCUUUGUGUUAAAUUAAUCUUACUCACAUAAUAUCUUUGUUAUAUUAAAAAAUUGCACAUUCAAAUAAUUCUCUUGAAAAUUCUAACUGAUUUAUUAAUUAAUUAUGUUCUUUGAUAAAUAAUAUUCUUUUUAUUUACAUGUAUAAGACUGA